UUUGAUCCCUGCAGUGCCGCUCACGUAUUUUGCUCCCGCCCUCUGCUCUCCUCAGUUGGCUCCCUUCAUUCGGAAUAACUUCUAGUUAAUGGAUAGUACAGAUUUUUGUGCUGCAAGGAAUAUAUCGUCAUCUCUAUAUAUAGCCUAUGUAGGGAAAUACACUCUUCCAAAAAGGGGACACUUGUCAGAGACAGACUCAUGGGAUGAGUGUGAUUGAAAGCAGCAGAAUUGGUGGAGUUUAGAUAAUAGAAGAUUAAAUGGACUGAAGAGCUCAAGAGGAGGCAUCACGGGGGUGGGGGGGGGGAGAAAUGUGAGGGAUUAUGGACUAAUCCGGUGCAUGACCUGUCCCAGAACGACCCCCUUCUUUCAAGACCCAGACAAAUCGCGGUGCAGAUCAUUGCAUCGAGAUUUCCUUUCACCUGCUUCUCGAAACAUCUGGAGUGCAGACACAGCUGAACUGUGGAGCAGAGGAGUAGAAGAAAGACAGUAGAGAGAAAUACGCCAGGUUGUCUGAUGCAUGUACAAUAGGCACUGCAGACCAGUCAUGGGAUGGAAUCAGCACUUCCACCAGUCUCUGAAGAGUCUUCCAUAAAACGACCCCACUAGGAAUGAAAACGACAUGGCCUCUCUGUCAUCCGAUAUCUGAUCAGAAGCUGACACAGACUCUUUCAGACACCAUAAGUACUGAAACUGGAUUAAUCUUCAAAAAAGCAUUAAACAUUGAACUAAGAAAUAGUGGUGAUUCGACUCUCUGAUUGCACACAUCCAGCGUUUGGAGUCUUGGUGACCAAAACGUUUCCGUCAUAAAUCCGGCAGCGACAGACGAAAUGGCCUCGAAGCGGCACUUCUUGUGAUGAAAUGCAUCGAGUGGCGACCCGAAGCUCCUCUGGUUCCUUCUGCCUUCUGUGAGCUGCUCUUCGGUGACUCAUGACCAGAGACCACCUGAAAAGCAAAGAGACUUAAGAAAGCGGCCGUCGUUUUUCACUCACCCCAUGCAAGACCAAGGCUACUGAAUACGUUGAUGCAAGCGUGAGGCGUGUUCCACUCAGCCAACAAAAACAGCCGCCAUUUUUUCAUUUCCACUUACAUCAGAAUCAAAGGGAUAUUUCUUUCCCUUUUGCUGGAGUUAAAGGCGUCCCGUUGGGAAAUGUUACAUUGAAUGAGAUUUCAUUGAUCUCUGAAUUAUAGUUCUGGGGUAUUAAAUUCACUUCCUGUGUAGGCAUUCCCACUAAGUUACAACAAUGAGUUUGGGCAAACUGCCUGGAAUGAAAAGCUUGAUGUCAGGCUCCCAGGGGAGGCGGCCUUUUAAGAGUGAUCUGUCUGUGGAUAUGAUCAGCUCUCCGCUGGGCGACUUCCGCCACACCAUGCAUGUGGGUCGCGGUGGCGACGUCUUUGGUGACACGUCUUUUCUUAGCAACCACGGCGGGGUGACUGCGGGUGACGGAAGCUCCGAUGGGUUCUUCUCGCGCACUCUCCGCCACGUGCGCAAGACCCCAUCCCGUCCCCGGUGCGGCUCCAGAGACCUCUCUCCCCCACCCCCGCCCAUUUCCCCCAUCAUCAAGAACGCCAUUUCGCUGCCGCAGCUGAACCUUGACGGUUCCAAUGGCUGCCUGCAGAGGGUGCUGUUUCCCAGCUCUCCGGGUUCUACCUAUGGCAUGCAGUCUGGUUUUCUCACAUUGCCUCGCCCAUCACGCACCGACCGCGAGCCGCCUCCCAGCUCUAAUACCUACAAGGCGGAGCUUCACUACGAAUCCUUCUCAGACUGCGCUGGGUUCCCUUUGGAACGCUCUGACUCACUCGCCUCAUUCACAGUGGACCUGGGACCUUCCUUGAUGAGCGAGGUGUUUGCGCUGAUUGACAACCCUACCUGUGGCCUGGGGGCCAAUCACAACUGGAUGGGGGAGGAACUUGAGGUCUCCCCGAGGCCAACUGCAAAUGGCACAGCGGUGGCGGCUUCCACAACGGAACUGGGGCUGCUGAAGGACUGGAAUGGUAGGAGGAGUCCGGGCAUCAAGGGGUGUCCGGAAGAUGGAGGGUCUCCCGAAAUGGUGAUGGCAGAUGCGGAUGUGGACCAUUCUGUUUGGCAGGAGCCAGGUAUAGAGCCUGAGAAGUUUCAAAAGGCUGCCGAUGUGCUGGAUCAUCAUCAUGGGGGCAGCGGACUCUUAAAAUGUCUACAGACUGAAGACAACCCUGGCGGCAGCUCCAGAGUCAUCAGGCAGAAGACAGCCCCCUACGCCUACCCAGAAGAGGAGGACGAAAUCAAAGUCUGAAGACUGACCGUCUUCAUUUGUUCUCCAAUCCUUCUGAGUGCCUAUAAGAUCUAAAGAAUUAUCUCCAGAGACUGUCGGGCAGCGGCUUGGAUGCCCUUGCUGAACAGCCCAGCUGACGUGAAAAAAAAAAUGCUCAGCUGCGAGAAAGCUGCGACUAUUCCAGAACAUUGUAGAAAAACUAUACUGGGAAAGCACAAGAGCUCGGGCCAUAACGUUCAAGACAUAGUGCAGUUCCUCAGGCCACCUAAGUGCGCAGUUUUCAUUUAAGACCAAGUACCAACACACAAAUGCAUUAAUAAAUCCACCCAUCUCGAGGAGUCAGGAGUCUAUUCCAGAAUGUGAGGCAGGGGAAGAACCUAGAAAGGAUGCUAGCCUGUCACAUCAUUGAGAGACAGGAAUUCAUCUCAGCGUAUAUAAACCUUAAGGUGUCAGGCCACAGCGAUAGUUAUUAAGCCACUGUGCCAACCGCACACGCACUCUUCCUGAACUGUCACAUUUGCUUUGAGCCAUUUUGCCUUCGCCUCCAUGUCAAUGGAAACCGUACUGACUCUUCUCAGAUUGCUCAGGUUAACCAGUGACGCAUAAAACACAGAUUGUUUAUUUCACCCAGAAAUAUUCAGAGCUGGAACUUUAAAAGGUUGUAGCAAAUGGACUGAAAUUAACAAACAAGCAUAUUUGUGAAAGCAGUCUUCUGUACAUACUAGUCAUUGUGAAUAAGCAAGCUUUCCCAAACUGUUUCAUCUACAGCUGCCUUUAUUUUUUAGAAAACAGGUACUUUCAGUUCCUGCUAUUUUAAUCCAAUACGUCACACAGCAUUAAUGCAAACAGGAAACCACCUGCUUUUAGAACCUCAGAAACCAAAUGCGAACGGUGUAGCAUCCAGUCCUGAAAGAUUAACAGAUCAUCAAAUUUAAGAGCAUAUUUAGAUGGAUUUGUGGCUCUUUCUGUAAAUUAUUGGGGGAGAUUAGCGGCUCUUUCACCUGCAAGAAUACAGGGGAAACAGCAGACGGAGUACCAUUAAAAAGAAAACAGUAAUUCGGCUGUGGUGAAUUUAACCUUUAGAUGAGUCAUUGUAUUGUUUUCGCUAGUAUGUUUGUGCUCACCGCAAAAAAUAUACUGCACGCGGAAAUGUAAUGCUUAGAAGAAGCAAAGUGCAAGCAAGGCAUAUGAAAGAUUAUGCACAAUUAACUGCAAAGCUUUUGACACUGAGAGAAACAGAGUUUCCUCCAUGCAUACAGUACGGUAACGGAUUAUGAGGAAACUAGCUGGCAUAGGAACGCAAGGGUAAAUGUACAAAACCAGAGUGUAACUGGCACACUCACAAAUAAUAUCCUCCUCAUACAGCAUGAUAAUAAACGCUUCUGAUAAACACA